AUGUUUUCCGUGACCGAGUUCAAGUGGCUGACUGACCCGCAAACAGCUUACCGCAUACUGAAGCCCUGGUGGGAUGUGUUUAGCCAUUACAUCAGCAUGGUGAUGCUCCUGAUAGCACUGCUGGGUGGAACUCUUCAGAUAGCCCAGAACAAGAUGCUGUGCCUUCCGUGCAAACUGGUGGUGGACAAUUAUUGCAGGCCACCUUGGGAGCUGAAGGGCUCAAACGGGAGCAUUCUUCCUCUGACUGGGAUUAGGAACCUCCUUGACAGGCAGCAGUACGCCUUCAUCGACGCCGUGUGCUACGAGAAGCAGCUCCAUUGGUUCUCCAAGUUCUUCCCCUACCUGGUGCUGUGGCAGACCCUGGUCUUCCUCAUCUGCAGCAACUUCUGGUUCAAGUACCCGAGCACCAGCUCCAGGCUAGAGCAUUUCAUCACCAUUCUCCACAAGUGCUUCGACUCUCCCUGGACCACCCGGGCCCUCUCGGAGGCGGUGGACAUCGUGAGCGAGAAGCAACCCUACCGCAAGUCCAAGGUGGCCAUCAAGGUGUCCUUCUCGUCCAUCGGCGCCGAGGCCGGCGGCGCCAAGCUCACCCAGAGCAGGGUGGAGCCCAACCUGGCCGACACGGCCGAGAGGACCAUCUUGGACCAGAAGGAAGGUGAGCAGGCCAAGGCCAUCUUCGAGAAGGUGAAGAAGUUCAAGGUGCACGUGGAGGCAAAAGACAUCAUCUACAGACUGUACAUGCGGCAGAUCAUCAUCAAGGUGGUCCUAUUCCUGAUUAUCAUUACCUAUACACCUUAUUAUGUGGUCAACAUGAAAUUUGAUCUCCAUUGUAAAGUGGACAUCGAGAUGUUUACAGGAUACAGGGAGUAUCACUGUGUCCAUUCCUUGGCGACCAUGUUCAGGGUCCUAGCAUCUUUCUAUGCGAUGUUGGUGGCGGUACAUGGAAUACUCAAUGCUUAUAGCCUCUACUGGAUGCUCAGGCGCUCGCUGAAGAAAUAUUCCUUUGAGACGGUCCGCGAGGAAAGUAGCUACAGGGACAUCCCCGACAUCAUCAACGACUUUGCCUUCAUUCUUCACCUCUCCGACCAGUAUGACCCCCUUUAUUCCAAGCGCUUCUCCGUCUUCCUCUCGGAGGUCAGCGAGAAAAAGCUGAAGCAGAUUAACCUCAAUUUGGAGUGGACCGCCGAGCGGCUGAGGCACAAGCUGCAGAAAAACUCCCAGGACAAGGUGGAGCUGUCCCUGUUCAUGAUCAACGGGCUUCCCGACGCCGUCUUCGACCUGAAGGAGCUGGAGGUUUUGAAACUGGAGCUGAUAACGGAAGCCAAGUUCCAGGCGGCCAUGUCUCAGCUGACCAACCUGAAGGAACUGCACCUGUACCACUCGCCCAGCGUGGUGGACCCCCAGGCGUUGAGCCACCUGGCUGAAAACCUGCAAACGCUGCACAUCAAGUUCACCGACAUGGACAAAGCCCCCCGCUGGAUAUUCAACCUGAAGAACCUGACCGAGCUCCACAUGACGGGCAACAUAAGGUUGGAGAAGAACCAGUUCAUGUCCCUCAUGGGGUUUGAGAACCUGAAGAAACUGAAGGUGUUGUACUUGAAAAACAGCCUCCCCCACAUCCCGGCUGUUAUCACGGGCACUGGGCUCCUCUUGAACCGGCUGUGCAUCGACAACGAGGGGACCAAAAUGACCGUCUUCAACACGCUGAAGAACAUGGUCAGCCUCACCCACCUGGAGCUCCACAACUGCGACCUGGAGCGCAUUCCGCACUCGAUAUUCAGCUUGUACAAUCUGCGCGAAAUUGACCUGAAGGGCAACAGGUUGAAGACCAUCGAGGAGAUUAUUAGUUUCCAGCACUUGAAGUGGCUCUCUUGCCUCAAGCUUUGGCACAACGCGAUCGCGUACAUACCGCUCCAAAUUGGAAUACUGUCAAACCUGGAGCAGUUGUACCUCAAUAACAACAGAAUCGAAACUAUCCCCCCGCAGCUGUUUUUAUGCAGCAAGUUACGGUACUUGGACGUCAGUCACAACCACUUGACUGCAAUCGGGGAAGAGAUUGGAGAACUGGCGCAUCUUCAGUACCUCAACGUCUCUAACAAUAACCUGGAAGCGUUACCAGAUGGACUGUUUUCGUGCAAGAGCCUGCGGACGCUACUUGUGAGCAGUAACGGCCUGACGGUGCUCUCUCCACUGGUGGGCGAGCUGCUGAACCUUGUGUACCUUGAACUCCUGAGCAACCAGUUGGAACUGCUGCCCAUGGAACUCAGCAACUGCAACCUGAAGCAAGGGGGCCUGGUGGUGGAAGAGGUCCUCUUCAACACCUUACCCGCUGCUUACAGGGAACAUUUGGGAAAGAGCGAGAAAGAUCAAGUAUAA